GGAGGUGUGCGGGGCGGGACAGCCCGGCGCGCUGCUGCUGUGCGGCCCGGCGCUGAGCUGCGGCCGUGCGAGCGCUGAGCGGCUGAGAACGCUGUCCCUGGGGGAGCGCUGACGGAACCUGGCGGACCGUCGGCCCGAACCAAUGGGAAAUGAUCCAGAUUUAGCGCUGCUCUGAUUGUUAACAGGAAAGUAACGCUUCAGAAGCAGAAUGUGGCCAAGUGUUUGCCGGAAGAGGUGAAAUUUCUUUGGGUGGAGAUGGCUGAUAGGAGUGCGAAGAUCCUUCCGGGACAGCUGUACAUUGAAGUGGAGUAUGACUACGAGUAUGAGGCCAAGGACAAGAAAAUUGUGAUUAAACAGGGGGAGAAAUAUAUAUUAGUGAAGAAGACUAAUGACGAUUGGUGGCAAGUGAAAAGGGAUGAAAAUUCCAAACCCUUUUACGUGCCAGCACAGUAUGUGAAGGAAAUACCACGGAAAGCACUGAUGCCACCUGUUAAGCAAGCGGGCAUGCUGCCAAAUAAUGCUUUAAAGUUGACUCAUGGAUUACAGAGGUCGACAGAAAAUGUGAAUAAGUCACCAGAGCUUUCUAGUUUUGGGAAAUCUUCUCCAGUUCAAGUGUCUUGCUUAGUUCGAGAUGCCAAUCAAAAUCUGGGACCAAACAAUAGCCCUGGUCAAACUCUUGGUUUGAGUCUGGACCUUACUCAGAACAAUGGAAAACUUAACAACGAGUUGCAAUCUCCCAAGGUUUCCAAUCAGUUUCGAACCAUCUCCAUGGGUCAUUUCCCAUGCCCAGAGUUCUUGGAAAUAGAGAAGACCAGCUUUUUGCAUGAACAGUCCUGCGAUUCGGCAGGAGAAGGCUCAGAAAAAAUUCACCAGGAUUCAGAAUCUGGAGAUGAACUCAGUAGCAGCUCCACAGAACAAGCUCAGCCAACUACUCCACCAAGCCAAGGGAGGCCUGAUUCACCAGUUUAUGCUAAUUUGCAAGAACUGAAAAUAUCUCAGUCUGCACUUCCACCACUACCUACAAGUGCUCCAGUCCAAAUAAAUGGGGAAUGGGAAACCCAUAAAGAUACAACAGGACGGUGUUAUUACUACAACAGAGGAUCACAGGAACGAACCUGGAAACCUCCACGUUGGGCCCGAGAUGCAAGCAUUAAUAAAGGGGAUUCCCAGAGCCAUGCAGAUCAUGAGCAUCUUUCAUCAGAAGAAAACGACCACAGUUCUUGUUACAGCCAGUCAGAUAGUCAGUAUGGUUCUCCUCCAAAGGGUUGGUCAGAAGAGUUGGAUGAACAUGGUCAAACCUUAUAUACCAAUGACUAUACUAAUGAAAAGUGGUUGAAACAUGCAGAUGAACAAGGUAGACCAUACUACUACAGUGCUGAUGGUUCCCGAUCAGAAUGGGAGUUACCAAAGUAUAAUGCUUCACCACAGCAGCAAAGAGAUAUAAUAAAGAGUAGGAGUCUGGACAGGAGGCUACAGGAACCAAUAGUUUUAACAAAAUGGAGGCACAGCACAAUUGUGUUGGACACCAACGAUAAGGAAUCAUCGAGUUCUUCUAAGGCCAGUUUUCCUGAAAAUGAGUCCUCUCCUUCUUCACCAAAGCAUCAAGCCACAGGUCAAGAGAAGUAUGGAUUACUGAAUGUGACAAAAAUUACAGAAAAUGGAAAGAAAGUUCGAAAGAAUUGGAUGUCAUCCUGGGCAGUACUACAAGGUUCAUCACUGCUGUUCACUAAAACCCAAGGAAGUGGAACUGGCUGGUCAUUUUGCCAAGGGGGCUCAAUCCCUGAGCUCCUCCUCUCGCUGCUUUCUUCUUGGAAAAAUGCUCUCAGUCGCCGACCUGCUGUCACCUAUGUAAACUCUGCCCAAGUUUCAGCUAUCAGUAAGUUUGGUGUCAAUCAGUCCAAGCCAGAAUUUACAGUGGAUCUCAAAGGAGCAUUGAUUGACUGGGCUUCAAAGGACAAAUCCAGUAAAAAGAAUGUUAUUGAGCUAAAAACCCGCCAGGGAACUGAGCUCUUAAUUCAGUCUGAUAAUGACAGCUUCAUUAAUGAAUGGUAUAAAGUCCUUAACUACACCAUCAACAAUCAGGUAGUAGAAUCUGAUGAAGCAUUAGAAGAUGAAGUACCAGAUUCUCCCGGGGUGGAAAAACAAGACAAAGAAAAAGAGAAAGAGAGUAAAGACUCUAAGAAACUUCGUUCGGUGAAAAUACCUAGCAAUAUAGAUGCCACAGAUCAGAAAAAGACCAAAACGAAGCUCAAGAAGUUUCUCACACGACGACCUACAUUACAAGCUGUCCGUGAAAAAGGCUACAUUAAGGAUCAAGUGUUUGGUUCCAAUCUCACCAGCUUGUGUCAAAGAGAAAACAGCACGGUGCCAAAGUUCGUGAAGCUGUGCAUUGAGCAUGUUGAGGAACAUGGAUUAGAUGUUGAUGGCUUAUACCGAGUUAGUGGUAAUCUUGCAGUGAUACAGAAGCUAAGAUUUGCAGUCAAUCACGAUGAGAAACUUGACUUGAAUGACAGUAAAUGGGAAGAUAUACAUGUCAUCACAGGAGCUCUAAAGAUGUUUUUCAGAGAGCUGCCAGAGCCUCUUUUCACUUAUAACCACUUCAAUGACUUUGUCAAUGCAAUUAAGCAAGAACCGAGACAGCGUGUCCAUGCUGUUAAAGAUCUAAUCAAACAGUUGCCAAAACCAAAUCAGGACACUAUGCAAGUACUCUUUAGACACCUGAAGAGAGUUGUCGAAAACGGAGAAAAGAACCGAAUGACCUAUCAGAGCGUAGCAAUAGUUUUUGGUCCAACCUUAUUAAAACCAGAGAAAGAGACUGGUAACAUAGCAGUCCAUACAGUGUACCAGAACCAGAUUGUAGAAUUAAUUCUACUGGAAUUGAACGCCAUCUUUGGACGCUGACAUUUUCAUGGAGUGGAAACUGGAAGUGAUGGGUUGGCAGCAGUAUUCCAUCAGGAGGAAAAUCUCUCGCUGUAUAUGAUGUAUGACGUUUGUGGACCAAGAAGCAACUUGAUUUUUGCACUUUUGGGGGAGGGGAGAAACAGGAGAAGUGUUUUACCACUUGAAUGCAGAUUAGAGACAACACUUUCAUUGUUUGGAUUUCUUUGAAAAAUUCAUUGUAAAAAAGUGAAUUAAAGUUUAUAGUUUGCCUUUUUUUUUUUUUAAGUAGCAUUUGAAAAUUACAGUAUAGGUUCAUACACUGGAUUUCUUGGAGAGUAAAGCUGUUAAUCUCAAACUGGAUAAUCUGGAAUUUAACCUUAAAAUAUUCCCACUUGGUAUGGGAAAGUUCUAUGAAAAAAAAUAAUCAGCAAAGUUCCAUCUUAGGCACGUGUAUUACAAGCAAGCUCUGCAGGUCCGUAUGAUGCUUUUCCAUGGGGUUUCUGCAUGCAGUGACUGUCUUAUGCUAACAGUUUGGUUUAGUUAUUCAGGUCUUAUUCCUCACAUGACAUCUGCUGUCCUUUUUCCUUUUUUUUUCUUGUUUUUUUCUUUUUUUUUCCCCCCAGCGACAUUUCUGGAACUUCUUAGUUGCUUUAUAGAGCAGCAUACUCUUGCAAACACUGAACUUGUAGGAGUAUCCAGCAAUGGAUAUUUGUCUUGUGGCAUAACAGAAGUCAUAUUUAAUACAUACGUUCGUUUCUUCACGGUGUUUCCUGAGCUAGGAUUUGUGUUAUACUGAUUUCCAGCUAAAACCUAAAAGUACAUACCGACUGUAACACUGUAUUGAGUUCUUGGUAUAAUGCUGUGGUAGUGGAAGUUUCUUAUGUAAAUACAGUCCCUUUGGUUCUUGUAUAUAAUUCAGUUCUUGUAUAGUUUAAGAACGUUCUAGUCACACAUUUCUAACGAUGGGUAGAGUAGCUGCAGUAGCAUAGCGUUUCCAGUCGAUGUCUGGGUUUCAGCAUUGAAACAGGUUAUGGAGAGGGAGGGGGGCCUAACUGUGUGCACUUUUAGACAUUAAUUACAUUUGCAGGCAAAUAACUGUAAUACGAAUGGUACUGGAAAAAUAGUGAGUGUGCUUGCUGAAUUAAUGCACUACAAGAGGAGCCUUUCAGGUUAUUUAAUAUGUACAGGAUACGUUAGAAAAAUGUAUUACAAAUUCUAACAUCUACAACCGGCGAAACUCAUGUUGUGAUAGAAGGGAGUUGGGUGGAAUCCAUGAUGCUAAAUUUAAGAGUUCCUUUUUACAUUAAUGUAGAAUAAUUUGUAAAAUCGCUUUUGAAAGAUUUUGUUACAGGGAGCUCGGUCUGCUGCAGAUUUUUUUAAAUGUAUUUUUCUAGACUAACUGCUGUAUCUGACAUAUUUGUUAUGUCUAACCUGAAUAAAGAGAACCAUCCGUUA